AUGGAAGUGCAAAUGCAAAUGGCCGAAGUAAAAAGUCAAGUGGCCAUGAGUGCGGACCAAAUGAUUGAAAUUAUCGAAGAGAGGAAACAGCAUGUUUUUGAUGCAGUAGAUGAACAUGCGCAAAAAUCACUGGAAUCUCUCUUACAGAAAAAAGACGAAGUAGAAAACCAACUAGGAAUAAUUGAUUCAGCCAUUGCACGAACUGAAGCUCUGUUGAAACAAAGUUUCAGUACAGAUGUCCUUGGUUUCAAUGAAACAUUUGAUACAAUCCUACAGGACUGGGCACCCAAAGAAAUCGUGCCUCGACUGAAUGUAUCAAGAUUCCUCGGUUUAGUUUUAAUAAACCUGAAAAACUGAUUAACGUUUUGAACAGUGAAGGUAUAGGUAAUGUAAAAACUGUUGUUAGCACAACUAAAGCGCAACAAUCACGAACUAAAGGUAAGGAAAGUAAUAAAGUAAUUGCUGGGAAUAAUUUAGCAAAUGAUUGUGACAGUCCUUUCGAGGUUAAGUUACAAACCAGGCGCUUCAGACCUGUACUAUCGUUUGGACAAAAAGGCAAGUCUGUUGGAAUGCUUAACCGGCCGUGGGGGGUGGCAGUGAAUGAUAGUGAUGAAAUUGCCGUGACUGACUGCUUUAACCACCGUAUUUCUGUAUUUAGAAGUAACGGUACCCACUUAAGAUCGUUUGGCAAGAAAGGUAAGAGCAAUGGUGAGUUCCAAUACCCCACAGGAAUCGCUUUUGAUAGUCUUGGCAAUAAUGUUGUUGCAGAAAAUAGUAACCAUCGGGUGCAAGUCCUUGCUAGGAAUGGUAACUUUCUUAGAAAAUUUGGGGAACGAGGAAAUCUUGAUCAUCAACUUAAUUAUCCUCAAGGUUUAUCAGUAAACGGCAAUGGUGAUAUUAUUGUUGCUAAUAGUGUGAACCAACUAAUCAAAAUAUUUUCAUCUAAUGAGCAUUAUUUAGGCAAAUUUGGAGGGGUAGGUUCUUUGAUCAAUCCCAAUCACUGUAUCCAACACGGUCAAUAUUUUAUAGUCCCAGAUUAUGGUGAUCAUUCCAUCAAAAUGUUUGAUCUUGGAGGAAAGCUAAUUUCAAAAUUUGGAAGGGAGGGAAGCAAAGAUGGAGAGUUCAAUGGGGCCCAUUACUUGUCAAUUAACAAAGAAGGAUUCCUUGCUGUUUGUGAUACAUUCAAUCACAGAAUUCAGGUAUUUGAACUGAGUAGAAAGUUUGUUACAAAGUUUGGACGUGAAGGUAGCGAGAGGGGAGAGUUUAAGCAUCCAAAUUCUACAGCAAAUCUUAGUGAUGGAAAGAUAGUUGUGUGUGAUAAAGAAAACAACCGCAUCCAGGUAUUUGACUUGAUACAGUCAACGCCCUUGUAAGCAACCACCCUGGGUGCACGACAAAGUGGGGUCGCUUACGUGACGUGGGUUUUCACGGGGAAAAUCAAGAAAAUAAGCUCAAACUGAACUGAUUAUCGUAAUUACAUGAAGUUAUUAUAUUACUAGCGAAAACUAGUCAAAUAGACAACUGACAAUAAAGAUUCACAUCGAAUAACCCAUGGAACUGUUGAAAAACAUUUUGCAUCAAUGUAACAAUCCCCCUUUUUACCCACAGAAAACAAAAGAACAUAUGGAAUUUCUGGCCUAUAAAGUGGUCGCGGUAGCUUAAGAAAUUUAAGUAGUGGUCGCUUACGAGAGUCUUUGAAACAGUGUUUGACUGAAAACAAAAUGGUUAUUUACAUACAAAGUGGUCGCUUAUGAUCAUGGGAAGUGGUCGAUAUAAGAGAGUUGACUGUAUGGCAUGCUCUAAUUUUCAGUAGAAACAACUUACAAGUGUUUCACGUGUUUGAAAAAAAUGUUGAUGACCUCAGGGUCGUUUAGUUCCUUGAUGUUUCCUGUAUAGUAUGUUGCAUCCUUCGUAGUUUCUGUGUUUCGUAAUAUGUGACCUUUUUCGUAACUUUUAACUACCUAACUCAGCUCAGUAAUAAAUAUUAUAGUCAAGUGUUCAAAUGAUGAAUAUAUUUUAGACAACGUUUUCCAUUUUUGCACCAGUCAACUUUUUCGAAAGCAAAACUAGACUAGUUCAUUUUUUUUGUACCAAAUUGCUUACAGUCCACGUUUAAGGAUGUUUACUUAAAGUUGUUUGUUGGUUCCCAGUAGACAUUAUAUUUCUCAGCAAAACUGUUCUUCCAAGUCCGUUAUUUGUUUAUCUAUGUAAACGAAAUGUUAUUUUCUGCACUUGUUUGUAUCAUUUUUGCCAAUAUAUACAACAACAGACUGUAAGCAGUAGGUUUAUUUUCUUCACAGAUCUGUAGGGCACUAGCUUCGAGCAGCAAGUCGAUCGCUAGACGAGAGAAGCGAGGGCGCCAGUCGUCUUGGAUGACGCCCUCGCUUUGCAAG